CGCACACUUUGUCAGAAGCUGGAAAUGCUGAGCAGGAGUGGAGCGCAGCGCACCAGACUGGGAGCGCACGGAAACUUGUAGAGAGCAAUAUGAUUAUUUUUUUUCUUUAUUUCUUUCUUUUUAAACUCGGCUUAAAGCAAAUAUAGCUACGAUUGAAUUAAAACUCAUCCUUUUAUUCUUUUUUCUUUUUUUUGCGAGAGCAUGACGAAUGCUGUUCAUAUGACUGAUUUGACUUGAGGCUACAGGAGAGAAAGCGAAAUGGAGACAUUUACAAUACACGACAUGCUCAUGAAUUCCACUGACCUGAACAAGAUUUUAUGCAAUUUCGGGAUCAAGAACAUUUCGGAGUGCGAGAGCGAGCAGGAGCCUUCACCCGAACCUCAAGACAUCAACCAGACGGUCCGGAUCGUCCUCUACAGCCUCAUCUUCCUCCUCAGCGUCCUGGGCAACAGCCUGAUCGUCGCUGUCCUGGUGAGGAACAGGCGCAUGAGGACCGUCACCAACCUGUUUCUGCUGUCUCUGGCCAUCAGCGACCUGAUGGUUUCUCUGGUCUGCAUCCCCUUCACCCUCAUCCCCAACCUCAUGAGAGACUUUGUCUUUGGCACCGGCAUGUGCAAGCUGGUCAUGUACUUCAUGGGUGUCUCAGUGAGUGUUUCCACGUUCAACUUGGUGGCCAUCUCCCUGGAGCGCUACAGCGCCAUUUGCAACCCGCUGACCUCCAGGACGUGGCAAACCAAAUCCCACGCCGCCAAAGUCAUCACCGCCACCUGGGUGGCGUCCUUCAUCCUGAUGCUGCCGUACCCCAUCUCUAGCACCCUCAAGCCCUUCACCCGCAUCAACAACAGCACCGGGCACAUGUGCCGCCUGGUGUGGCCCAAUGACGUCAUCCAGCAGUCGUGGUAUGUGUCUCUGCUGCUGCUGCUCUUCCUAAUCCCCGGGAUCGUCAUGAUGACAGCCUACGGACUCAUUUGCCUGGAGCUCUUCCGCGGCAUCACGUUUGAGAUGUCCAGCAGGAAAUCCAGCAGAGAAAGACAAUCCAGCACUGGAAGCAUCAAGCCCAGUGACAGUGAUGGCUGUUACCUGCAGCCGUCUAAAAAGAAGAGUAUCACGUUGAGUACAGGCCCCUCCAGCAGCAAGCCCAUGGUGGGCCGGGUGUCCAGCAGCAGCUCUAAAGCCAACCUGAUGGCCAAGAAGCGCGUGAUCCGCAUGCUCCUGGUCAUCGUCUUCCUCUUUUUCCUGUGCUGGACUCCCGUCUUUGUGGUCAACGCGUGGCAGGCUUUCGACCGGCGCUCGGCCUACCGCCUGACCGGGGCGCCCAUCUCCUUCAUCCACCUGCUGUCCUACACCUCGGCCUGCGUCAACCCCAUCAUUUACUGCUUCAUGAACAAGCGCUUCCGCCAGGGCAUGCUGGCCACGUUCACCUGUUGCAGCUGCUUAAGGAGGAGCAGCGGAGGGAACGGCGGAUUGGGGAGGUCAGCUGGAAGUGGGGUGGCUAAAGGGGAAGUGGCCAGAUUAAGAGCAGGGCCGAAGACCACUGAGGAGAAUGGUCAUACCCAGCCAAGCGGAGGCAGCACACGCUUCACCUACACUGGCAUCCGGGCAUCAGCCUGGAGUGAGCUGACUUAAACCGUGUUGAUGCGUAUGUGUGCGAGCUCUGGCCUGAGUGCAAACACUUGGAGGGAAUCUGCUGUGUUUUAACGUAAAGCCCUCCCAGUGCUUAUAGGACUAGUUUAUGAGCAAAUAGGCUGCUUUAGAUUGAAGUGUGACAUGGCGUACAAUAGGUAAUGACUGUGGAGCAGCAGAGUAGAUUCAGUGCUUUCACAGCAGAUCAACACUGCCAGAUGUGUCCCUAGAGCUCGCGGUGUCCGAGAUGGCUGACUAAUGCCUGAUCAUAUAAAGCCUUGAAGGCCCUCAAGUCUGACAGAGCAAGGGAGUGUUUAUAUAAAGCCCAAUCCCAAUUAAUCUCGUUGCCACUCUCCAUAUAUCCUCUUUAAACACAUUACAGAGACCAAAUAGUCUUUCCAUACAGUUAAUUGUUUUGAACUAUGUGCACCAGGUGAGAAAUAUCUAAAUCACGAUACAUGCCAGAAGGAUUAGACGAUUGGAUCAGUUCGUCCAAAUUACAAAAAAUGUAUAUAUCUUCUUACUUACCAGUCGUGAAAACAGCUAAAUUGAAUAAAAUGUUAAUGAAAAUUGCCUAGAAGUUGGGAAAAUACAUGUAAAGGAGUAUUUAUGAAUUGUGUGCGAUCGGCCAAAAUAUGAAACGUAAAAAAAAAAAAAAUACUUAUAUUUGUAAACAGGCUUGUUUUUGUCAUCUUCAGCAGCGACUGCCUGUCACACUGCAACGUAACUGUAAUCAGCAGCUUUGAAACAGCCCUCCAGCGCACAGUUCUGCUUUUGUCCUUGACCCACUGUGUGUGUGUGUGUGUGUGUCUACAGGGGUUGUACUGUUUACUAGAACUGGAGAGGCCUUAUCAUUUAGUGGGACUUUGAACACCUGUAUCCUCUCCUCUUCAAAGCGAAUUCCCGGCAUUACCAACCUGAUUUCCACUGAUUCAUACUGUUAAAUAUAGCGUACAGAGUUUAUGUAGCAACUUAUUCUCAUUUUGUUUUACUGUAUCAAUAUGUUGCAAUGUUAAUUUUGUUGUAUAAAUCCUUAAGGGUUUGAUGCAUUGAUGGAGAUUUUGUUUUUCUUGCAUGAUAAUGUGCCUAAUUUGAUGGAAGGCCUGUUAAACCUGCACAUAAUUGAAUGUAACCAGCGAUUUUAAUAGGUUGAUAUACAUCUGAAAUUGGUUCUAGGGACUGUGUUGUGUUCUUUUGGUAAUGUACGGACACACAAGCCAUCUCCGAAUAACUAACGUCUGGCUGACCAUAUAAAGACCUCGAGCGCCCGGUGUGCAAAUGCGUCUGCAAGGGCUGGGGGCAGCUUUUAACGGCUUUAAUAAAAGUGGGUUUAAAGUACAGAGGACAUUAGGACCCAGACAAGUGGCGGAAAGGAAAAAGUGGAAUCUGCUGGGACUUCUUCCCAUGGAUAAGAGCUCCACGUAGGCUUGAUAGAUUACUAACGCCCUGGGAGAUGCUGUGACUGAAGAUGUACACGUCUGUGUUAUUCAUUUCUUUCAGCUAAAACCUGAAUUAUUUGGAGUAAAGUGUUAAAAAAAAAAAAAGUACAUGCUUACGCUUCUGAUGACAAUUCAAAACGUAACACAAAGUGAGAUUUUAUAUCACUUUUUUAUUUCUCAUUUUUAUGCCAAUAUUGCAAGUUUUUUUCUAGUUUUUUUUUCUUCUUUUAAUGACAUACAGAUUUGAGCAUGAUCUGGAGCUGCAAUAUGUACAAAAACAAAACUAAUGUAUGUUAUCAAAAAAAAAAA